AUGCAUUGGACAGGGAAGUACACCAACAGUAGACCAUAUUGGAAUAAUCAUAUUUUGGAUGGCAACGGUCUAGAUGAUGGUACACUAUCACAAUGGCUUCAGGCCUUAGGGUUCCCUAGAGAUAUGCUUAAUAAUAGUGGACCAGAGAAUAGACUAGAUCAGGUUAUAUGGGAUGGGUUCAUGGGACAACUGUUUCUAGGGUUUACUCAUCCCGGCAGUGGUUCCAGUGACGGUACUACAGCAAAACAACCGUACGAUAUGAAUUAUGCCGGUUUUGUACAUACUGCACAUAGGGAUUCAUUCAACACCGAUGCUGCUACUGUCUUUACGAAUGGCAAUGCCUCUCGUACUACUGGCCAAAUCAGUGAUACUAACCAGCACAAAAACGGUGCCAUUUUCAAGCUCUAUAUUCUAUCAUGUGCAUACUUUACUGGAUUGCAGAAGAAGACUACUCACAGUACUACCACUAAUAAUCCUAAGACCAUUCGGGAGAUCCUAUACUGGCUAAGUGCGUUGCCCUAUAGUCAGGCAUAUAAGCAGUUACUGGAGCAUGCCAAGGAAAGGCUACAAGAAGUACUCAAGAAACCCGAAGGCACUGACAAAGAGACACCAACACUUGCCUUUCUCCAACAAGGCCGUUCAGCUCCCAUUACAGUUGAUGAAUUCAACCUGUUUGCCCACUUCCAAGCAGUGACCCAGUACUGCCCACUGGUCCUCAUAGGUAUCCAGGGUGGAUUACACAGUACCAACAACACUACUCCAGCCAUACACUCCCUCUAUGCCAACACAGAGUGCAACUUCACCUACCCAGCAGUGCCCAUCCAAGCAUACAACCAGGUGGUCCACUACAUUAGGGCUCUGUUCUACCAGCUCUACUUCCUAAGGAAGCAAUGUGCAGUUAAGGUUACAUGUGGAGGGAAAUGGCGUGAAUGUAGAUAUGGGGAUGGAGUAGUCUCUAAGGGGGUAAUCAGCUGGAUGUGCCUGGGGUGUGACCCCAUGGAGCAUGAUAGGAAUUAUAGGGUGGAGAAGGUAAAGAAAGAGUUAGUGGGGAUGACGAAAGGGGAUGUAGCAGAGAAGGUAAAGGAAGUACUAGAGGCUAUUGGGGAAGUAGUGGUACAAUUGGGUAAUGCCCAGGAGGCAUUGGAAGGGAAGAAGGGGGAGGAGAUCAAGGGGGUACAGGCGAAACUAAGGACGGCUAAGACGGGACUAGAGGAGGCUAAUAAUGGACUAGAGAUAGAGGUGGGGUUGGAUGUUAAACUAAAGGAGGCUAAGACAGGACUAGAGGAGGCUAGGAAAAAUCUAAGGAAUGGGUUGAAUGGGAAAGAGCUAACGGAGGCUAAGGAUAAACUAGAGGCGCUGUCAAAGGAUGGUAAUGGUAAACUAAAGGAUAUGUAGGAUGCACUAGUUGGUGAUCAAAAAUCUCUAUCGAAUUUUAUCAAUGUCUCCGACGGAUCUCUACAGGUAGAUCCUGGUAAGAACACGGUCAGUGAGUUCAUCCAUAAGGUGCGGGUGGCAUUGAGGUAGUGGUGGCGUAUGGUUAGUAUUACACUAGUACUACAAGAAGUGGUAAGCAUAUUAUAGGGGCAAUGAUAGACCACUUGGCACAGGGACUAAAGGAGGGAAGUAAAUCCUUUGCACAUGAAAUGUAAAGCAAUUGAAUGUGAAAUCUAAAUCGGUCCAAUAUAAAAUGUGAAGCAAUCAUUGCCACCG